CGUGCCCACCCCCGGGUGGUUGCUGCAGCCUACGCUACCUCUAGCACUGCUGGCCGCCCGCGGAGCCGGAGCCCGAGCCCGAGCCCGAACCCGAGCGGCGCCGGUCCCAACGUCGGGCUCCUGGGCCGCGGCGGCGGGCGGGCGAUGCUCCAGCGGCCUGACCAGCCAUGGAGGCCGAGGCAGGCGGCCUGGAGGAGCUGACGGACGAGGAGAUGGCGGCACUGGGCAAGGAGGAGCUGGUGCGGCGACUGCGGCGAGAGGAGGCGGCGCGCCUGGCGGCACUGGUGCAGCGCGGUCGCCUCAUGCAGGAGGUGAAUCGGCAACUGCAGGGUCACCUGGGCGAGAUUCGCGAGCUCAAGCAGCUCAACAGGCGCCUGCAGGCCGAGAACAGGGAGCUGCGCGAUCUCUGCUGCUUCCUGGACUCGGAGCGCCAGCGCGGGCGCCGCGCCGCACGCCAGUGGCAGCUCUUCGGGACCCAAGCAUCCCGGGCGGUACGGGAGGACCUGGGAGGCUGUUGGCAGAAGCUAGCCGAGCUGGAGAGCCGACAGGAGGAGCUGCUGCGGGAGAACCUGGCGCUUAAGGAGCUCUGCCUGGCGCUGGGCGAAGAGUGGGGUCCCCGGGGCGGCCCCGGAGGCGCUGGGGGCUCCGGCGCCGGGCCGACCCCAGAGCUAGCCCUGCCUCCUUGCGGUCCCCGCGACCUAGGCGACGGGAGUUCCAGUACCGGCAGCGUGGGCAGCCCCGAUCAGUUGCCCCUCGUCUGCUCCCCGGAUGACUGAGGGCGCUGCUUCUACGCCGACGCUCGCCAGAAUUGCUUCCUGAGCGCCAGGACUGCUGUGGAUCUCCGUACCUCGACGGUCGCUUCGGCAGUGUAAUAGGGGCCGCUGGCAUGGACUAAGAAUCCCUAACAUUGAGGAAGCCCCCCCGCUCUCGCUGGCGGGGUAGCAGGGGGACUGGAGGCUGGAGCGGAGGGACUUGCUGGGGGUUGGGUGGGGACUAAUAAACUCGGACGGAAGCGGAGCCUAAAACCUGGGCAGCAUCUGUCUAGGACUCGCCGGGGCUGGGGUGAGGGAGGGAACGCUAAGACGGGGUAUCAUUUCCUUCCAGAGGGACUGCUUCAGAACUAAGGUGGCUGACUUCCCGCAUUACUGGGGAUCCACUGGGGUGGGAUGCAGAAAGGUCGUACUCCACUGUCCCCCCCACACACACCGUUGGUUGCCCGGACAGGCCGUAAUCAGCCCCCUGAAGUGGCUCCAGCUCCCUUCCCGGCUCCUUCCUGUCCAAGACAAUGGGGCAGGAAGCAGAUGUUGGGGACCUAGAAUCCACUGGCCGGCUCCUCGGAAAGUGGAGGGGCAUAACAGCGCCCCCUGUGGCGCACGCAGGAGCACUGUGGGCCCCCAGGGGGAGAAAUUAUGAUCUUAGCUUGCACCCCAUGUCAUUCUCACCUCUUGGUCCUGGAGAUGAGGCAGAGCAUACAUAACCCUAUUUAUCAGAUAAGACAGUUGAGGGCCAAGAAUAUGACCAAAGUCACUGCAGUGAGUCAGGAGCUGAGAUCAGAACCUAGAACUUCUUACCCCAAAUUGUCUCUUUAAAAGCAUCUGGAUCCAACCAGGCAUCCAGGCCAAAGCUUCAAGCCUUUUAUUCCAUUUUGGCAGGUUUGUACAAAAAUACUCUCUUUAGGAAAAUAAAUAGCAGCUGCCCUCUC